AUGUCGAACCUUGAAGCUGAGAUGCUGCCCGCCGAAGAACCCCUGGCGGGAGACCCUGACUUGUCAGACGAGGGCGAGGAAAGAGACCCGGCGGGUCUUGUCGCAAAUGGUCUUCGUCCUGUCUGGACCAGGGAAGAUGGCCAUCUAGGAACACCGCCCGAGGACAUUAGGGAUGAAAUUGCUCUCUGCACGAGCUCCCUGGCCAAGUCAUCGAACGCCCCUCAUAUCGAGCAAAAGAUCACAAGCAGCUUGGGAGGUCAACUACUUUUCCGCGGCAUGAGCAGGAGAGCACUGGCUUGCUGGGUGGCGUUGGUCACGCCAACAGUCAAUGCUAACAACUUCAAUAACGAGCUCGGCCCAGGGGUUUACACAAGCCCCUCGUUAUCGAGGGCGAUCAACUAUGCUGGGCUGAAGGUAGUGGUCUUGGUCUUUCAAGACCCGGACUUCCGCCAGCUUGAGAUCCGGGAGCUGACCGCUCGAACGAUCCCUCAAGAGGGCUCUGUGGCUUUCAUGAAAGCCUGA